AUGGAAGCAACCAAGUUCUUAUCCUCCACCUCUACUCUUCGUCACCAUCAUGAAGUUUCUUGCUUGUCGCCAUGUCGAAAGAACAACUCGAAGAAGCCCUAUAUCUUAAGCAUGGGCGCGAGUGGAGGAUCGAAGGGACGAGAUUAUGAGGGAAGGCUGGUGGAUGAUAACAUGAUUGUGCUGCGAAUUCGCAUUCAGGAGAAGAAACUGUUGGAGGCAAGUCGUGAUCCGCCUUCGAAUUGGAUGGAGUGGGAAAAGAAAUAUUAUCUGCACUAUAAUGAAGAUGUUUGUGAAGCAAUGGGGUUGUUGCAGAAUUAUUUGAAGAAAAUUAGGCCAGGUUUUGCGUUAGGGAUGAUAGCUGUGGUGGCGCUGAGUGUGGCUAUUUCUACUGGGGUACUCUUUUUUCAAGCUGUGGAGAUGGCUAAGAUCAUCUUAUUUGAGUUCCAUUUGAUGUAA